GCGCUCGCCCGGGGCCCCACGACCCUGCCGGCCCCGGGGGGAAAGGGGGUGUUCCGGGCCGGGGGCAGCCCAGCUGAGGCAGGAUGUUCACGUCCAAGUCCAACUCUGUGUCACCUUCGCCUUCCCUGGAGCAGACUGACGCGGACGCGCUGGACAUCAGCACCAAAGUGCAGCUCUACGGGGUGCUGUGGAAGCGGCCCUUCGGGAGGCCGUCGGCCAAGUGGUCCCGGCGGUUUUUCAUCAUCAAAGAGAGCUUUCUGCUUUACUACUCUGAGAGCGAAAGAAAGAGCUUUGAGACCAAUAAAUACUUCAAUAUACAUCCUAAGGGUGUCAUCCCUCUGGGGGGCUGCCUGGUGGAGGCCAAGGAAGAGCCCAGCAUGCCCUACGCCAUGAAGAUCUCCCACCAGGACUUCCACGGGAACGUCUUGCUGGCUGCCGAGUCUGAGUUCGAGCAGACCCAGUGGCUGGAGAUGCUGCAGGAGUCUGGGAAGGUGACCUGGAAGAAUGCCCAGCUGGGAGAAGCCAUGAUCAAAAGCCUGGAGGCCCAGGGGCUGCAGUUGGCUAAGGAAAAGCAGGAGUAUUUAGACAAACUGAUGGAGGAGACGGAAGAGCUGUGCCUUCAGCGGGAGCAGAGAGAGGAGCUUGAGCGCCUUAACCAGGUGCUGGAGGCUGAGAAGCAGCAAUUUGAGGAGGUGGUGCAGGAGCUGCGAAUGGAGCAGGAGCAGAUCAAGAGGGAGCUGGAACUGACUGCAAGAUGCCUCAAGGGUGUGGAACAAGAGAAAAAGGAACUGAGGCACCUCACGGAGUCCUUGCAGCAGACGCUGGAGGAACUCUCCAUAGAGAAGAAGAAGACCCUGGAGAUGUUGGAAGAAAAUGAGAACCAGCUGCAGACACUGGCCAAUCAGAGUGAGCAGCCCCCUGCCAGUGGAGGUCUCCAUAGCAACCUCAGGCAGAUCGAGGAGAAGAUGCAGCAGCUCUUGGAGGAGAAGCUUCUGGCCGAGAAGCGGAUGAAGGAGAAUGAGGAGCGCUCCCGGGCCCUGGAGGAGGAGCGUGAGUUCUACUCAAGCCAGUCCCAGGCGCUGCAGAACUCGCUGCUGGAGCUGACCGCAGAGAAGCAGCAGGCCGAGCGGGAGCUAAAGGCCGAGGUCAAGAUCCGCAUGGAUCUGGAGAGGCGCCUGCGGGAGGCAGAGGGGGCCUUGCGGAGCCUGGAACAAGGGCUCAACUCCAAGGUGCGGAAUAAGGAGAAGGAGGAGAGGAUGCGGGCUGACGUCAGCCAUCUGAAAAGGUUCUUUGAGGAGUGCAUCCGGAAUGCUGAGCUGGAGGCCAAGAUGCCGGUCAUCAUGAAGAACUCGGUGUACAUCCACAAGGCGGCCACUCGCCGCAUCAAGAGCUGCCGCUUCCACCGGCGGCGGUCUAGCACCUCCUGGAACGACAUGAAGCCGUCCCAGUCCUUCAUGACCUCCCAGCUGGAAGCCAACAACAUGGAGGAGCUGAAAGAGGUGGCCAAACGGCUCAGCAGGGACCAGCGCUUCCGGGAAUCCGUCUACCACUUCAUGGCCGCCCAGCCCGGAGCCCCCUCAGCACUUUCCCGUGGUGCAAAGUGAUGGGUGCUCUUCCCUUGCCUCCCGA